CGACUCAACCGCGAAUGGCUCCUUGAAGAGUUGGGCCGAGUGAACCUGAUUCUGCCGCCAUUCAUGCCACCCAGAUUAUUUCCCCUGGAGGCGGGCAGCUGUGGAAGCUACGUAUGCCAAUCAUGUCUUGCCCAUCUUCGAAUCCUUCCGAAAUUCCGGCCGAGGACAUGGCGCCGAAGCUACUCAAAACGUGUCGCGACACCUCCUCUUCGAACCGCCCCAACUGAGGAAACUCCCAAGGUGUCGCCAUUUAACGACAAUCAAGUCGAAGUACGGUAUUUUAACGAGGAGCGGCCGGGAAGAUACAGACGUUUGCAAGAUAAUGAAGAGUUUAAUAAGGCCAUCAGUGGCUUGGACGAUGACGUGGAGUCUACCAUCAAUGAGCUGGAGAAGAAGCUCCAGGAUACAGCCAAACUGUUCCAACUGAUGGAGAAAUAUGGAAUGAAGGACAAGGCAUACGAGCUCAAAAGACUGUAUGGGAGUCGACAGGCGAUCCAGGGCUCUCCGCCAGGCAUACCCGAAGAUUGCUGGCCGAAGAGCAAGGCUUACCAUGUCAGCCGACUCAACACGUAUCUGCAAAAUGCGUUUGAGGACAUGAGCAAGGGCAAAAUUACGCCCAAGAUUGUUUCAAGCACGUGGAAAUACUACAGCGCAGCCCGGAAGACAUUGUCGACGUCAUGGGGCGUGGUCCCGAAAGAAGUCUGGGAACUUUUGUGGCGGAUUCUCUCCUACGAGAAGGAGUGGAACACCAGCCGCAUGGCCCAUAUCCACGUUCUUUCAAAGGAUAUGAGGGUGGCAGGGUUUCCACUUGAUGGUUCUCAGCAGCUUCUUGCCAUCGAGGCAAUGUUCAUUUCCGGUUGGGAUAAGGACGCAAUCGACAACUGGAGGAAGGGCGCGAGCUCGCUCGGGUCAAAACCAGAGACGUUUAAGGAAUAUUGGGAACUUGGAGUCCGCAUGUGCUCCCAUUCCGGCGAUCUCGAGCGGGCGGAGAGGGCUGUCGACACUCUCUUCGACUCAUCAUACGACGCCGACCCGAGAAUCCUCGUCCCGCUCAUUCGAGCCUGCGCGCAGAAGGAGGCGACCGAAGAAAAGGCCUGGGAGCGCUAUCGCCAGCUCCGAGAUCUCCUGGGCACUUCCAUUACAAUAGAGGACUAUGACGAAGUCAUUGCCUCUUUCCUGUCAACGAACAAGACGGAAUUAGGCUUGCAAGCCUUUGUCGACAUGAUGUUCUCCACCUGCAUUGACAUCCGUGGAAAGGCAAAACUUCCACCUACUGUCGGAAACCAGUUCUUCCUUGGGAAGUGGCUGAAGAGACUGAUAGGUGCUGGCGAUCUUGACGGUGCCUUCAACGUGAUCAAGUAUAUGGAAGAGAAAGGCAUACUGGGCUCUGCAAUCCAAGUCAAUGGUCUUAUCGGAGCAUGGCUACGGACGGAAACGGCGGAAAACGUGCAAAAGGCGGAAGAGCUUGCAUGGGCCAUGAUCCGUUCGCGGCUACUAUUCGUCCAACUGCGCGAGCGACAAGCCUUGCUAGAAUGGCCUCUAAGGCUCACCAUGGCCAGUCCACAGGAGGAUACACCUGGCCUAAGAUUCGUGCCGAAGGCGACGCUGGAGACAUUCUCCCUGAUGGCCGAGAACUAUCGACAUCGAGGACUCCACAAGGAGAUAGAGAAGCUCUGGACAUCCUUCGAACAGGCCGAGAUUGCGACGAACAGCUUUAUGAUGAAUCAGUUGAUCGAGUCAUACAUCCAGAACUGUGAGGCUAAAAGAGCGUUGGACUUCUACCACUCGAUGACUCGGGAGCACCACAUCGCCCCCGACGCCCACACAUUCCUAGCCCUAUACAAGUCGCUAUCUAUCAAUCGACUGGUUGUCAAGUACGAUGAUCUAGUCGAGCAGGAUGCCGUCAUGUGCCGACAAUUCUUCCGCGACUUGGUAGAGUCCUCCUGGAGUUUCGACUCGGAAACAGCUUUCGAUCAGCUGCCAAGAUCCAUCCUCCACUCCUUCCUCAAGCUCCAGGAUUACGCCGGGAUGCUUGCUGCCACGAGGGCGAUGCGGGAGCUCUUCUCCUUCGCACCGUCGGAGACCUUGCUCGUCGAGCUCGCCGCGGGGACUAUGUCACUCAGCCGACCCACCCAGAGGAACAAGAAACUUCUGAUGAAUGCAAGCAAGAUCACCCAAUUCCUCAUGGAGGAGCGCCGGCGUGCAUUGGAGAAGGAAGGUCGGACCUUGGAAAACCUGACUCCAGUGCAAAAGGCCCAUGAACUUUGUGUCGUCUUAGAGGCUCUCAUUUUCCACAAGGCGCAGGCAUCGGAAGAGGAGCUCCAACUACUUUACGAGGAGGCGGCGCAGCAGAUGGGCGUGUAUGGUAUGUUGGUAUCGAAAGAUGCUGAGAAGAUGACCGGGGAGAGCCAGGCAUUGCAAGAGUGAAGCGGGCCAGGUCCGACAGCAUGUAUACCAGGGGUAGAAUCAUAUAUAAUGCAGACUUGUAAGAUAAACUGUAUUCUUUUGUCGACCUAAAAUCCGCUUUCUAGUCGUGAUCCUCCUCUGUCG